AUGGGAAUAGGGGUGGGUACGGAGGGUAUGGUCCAGGGUAGAGGAAUAGCGGUGGGCAUCGAUGAGACAUCGGUGAAGGAUGGUGCAGGGGCGGGUGUAGUAGGCGGGCCGUCCGUGGGUACAAAGAAGAUUCCAUCUGCUAUUUUGUGGGAUGCCGUGGCCCAAUCGUCGGAUAUGACCCAGGGCGAUGGAAUGGCGCAUCGCUUGGCAAAUUUGCCGUUCGAAGUCCAUUGGAGGCGUUCGUCAGUGAAAAAUUCGACGUCGCGGCUAUGA